CCACUCGGCUCUUAGCAGAGUCGUUGUGCUCAUAACGGCGGAAGGUUUACGGAAGUGAGUUCAGGAAGAUGGCGCUGGCUGAGGCAAGUGCUCGGUACCCGGAGGGAGCGGCAGCCGUUGUCGUCGCCGAGCGUCUGGACCCGCUCUCCCGUUUCACCUGCCCCGUGUGCCUGGAGGUGUUCGAGAGCCCCGUGCGAGCGCCCUGCGGUCAUGUCUUUUGCACGCCGUGCAUUCAGGAAUGUCUUAAGCCAAAAAAGCCAGUUUGUGGAGUUUGCCGCAGUACCCUGUCUCAUGGCAGCAGAGCUCUGGACUUGGAAAAGCAAAUUGAAAUGACAGAGACUACUUGCAAUGGCUGCAAUAAAAAAAUGUACCUCUCAAAGUUGCGUAGCCAUGCAGCUGCCUGUUCGAAAUACCAGAAUUACAUAAUGGAAGGUGUUAAAGCCGUGACUAAAGAUCCACCACAGGAUACCAGGAGCGUUCCAAAUAGAUUUACAUUUACUUGCCCUUACUGCAAUGAGAGAAACCUGGACCAGGAAGGACUGGUAGAACACUGCAGAAAGUAUCACAAUAUGGAUGCGAAGCGAGUGGUUUGCCCAAUUUGCGCAUCAAUGCCAUGGGGAGAUCCAAACUACAGAAGUGCUAACUUCAUGGAACAUCUUCAGCGCCGGCACCAGUUUUCUUAUGAUACUUUUGUGGAUUACGAUGCUGAUGAAGAUGAUAUGAUGGCCCAAGUUCUGUUGCGUUCCUUGAGGGAUCAAUGAACAAAGCAAGAAAUAAACUCUUAACACUUGGCUUCCAUUAGGGGAAAAAUACCACAGACAUUUCUUACCCCAAGAUUCUUUGGCAUCCAUAAACUUAACAUGAAGCGUCUUUCUUGGUUCUUGUUCCUGCUAUCUCCAUACAUGCCACUUGGUCUCUUCUGGUGGUCCUUGCUGUUCACCUGCUCCGGAGUAUCUUUGUUCUUUACAAUUAAAUGUUAGGAUAGUCUUCUCUGCUUUGUUUUUCCUUCAUUUCAGCUUCUAAGGUUAACAAACUCUAAAAUCACCAGGAGCUUUGCAAUAAUUUUAUGCUGUGAGCGUCCUCUAAUAUUAUUAUGCUCUUUUGACAUGGAUCGGGCAUCAGAAGCCAAGUUUCCUAGACACAUGGAAAUUCUUAAUAGGUUCAAAUAGUGGAAGCAGGCAUCCAAUUCUUGAUUUGUCUAGAGAAAUCGUGAAUUUGAUUCCAAAUCCAGCCUUAGAAAAGUUCGUGACAGUCCUUGAGCAAUACAUAAAAUCCCAGUUGUAUGUUCUUUCACUUUCCACGAUAUGCUUUUUAGCUCAGCAAUUAUACAGCACAAUUUUAGAGGAGGUCAGUUAAGGUUGGCUUUCAUUGUUUUGAUAUGUUAUUUUGAAAGUUCUGGCAUCUGUGCAAAGUUCAAAUAUGAAGUAUGACAGCCUUGUGUGUGUUUUUUGUUUUUUGAAAGAGAUAAAUUCAGACAUAGCAUACAUUUCAUUUCUCACUUCCUAAACUCAAAUUCACCCUUGUAUAUUUCUACCUCUAUGCCUAGAGUUCAAAACAAUUUCAUAGCAGGAAAUGGGGUAAACCUUAGCACCUGGUUCCUUAGACAUAACAAAUAGUAGACUUGCGCUUUGUGUAAACUACACUUCUAUAUCUAAUACAAAAAUGUCAAUGUAUUCAUGUGUGAAAAUUCCAUGCAGACAAUGCAGUGUCCAUGUACUUACCAAAUUAAUGCAGAUGGCCUCGUCUUGAAUUCUUAGGCUGCUGUGAUUCAGAAGCCUUGUGGUACAGAGAAUCCGAGGUCUGACUUUAGAUUUGUUCUUGAUGUCUAAAGACACUAGCCCUGUUCCUACCUUCUGAUCAUAGACUGACUGAGCAUUUGGCUGAAGUGUGAAAUGGUGUGCACUUGGCCCUGACCUCUGUGUGUUAAGUAGGAGGUGAGAAAAGGGCUGUGUGUGUAAUUGGGGACCCCUGCAAGAGGCUACACACAUAGAACACCAUUCUCUUCAUAAGCAGAAUGCGCAGAGAUUGGGUUGUAAACAGCAGGUGCAAUCUCACUCUCUGACCACAUUCAGUCAUUGUAUGGGCAGAUGGAUAACAAAGUUCCUGUGAGGUGACUUCCCAGAGUUCUUUUGGUGGGGUGAGCACUUCUGAAUGUACUGCCAUAUAGUGAAGUCUGAAACAUUAGUCCUGAAUAACUGGGGCAGAUGUGUAAAUCUCAUCUUGUGGUGACAUAAUCAGAGGUCAUAAUUCAGUCAUUGCGACCCUGUGUCAAAAGCAUGUCUGGGAAUUGGGCCAGAUACCUUAGGUGAUUGAUGCUUCGAGCGUACAAUCAAAUGGUUUGCUCUGUAUGUUGAAUGACAACUUUUGCACUAAAUAUUAUAAAUGAAACUGAUGUGAAGUGUGUAGUAGCAGAGCUAAUAUUGAUUUACAUAAAUUGAUACAUGCAAAUUUAGCCCAGCAGUCACAUGAUGUUAAAAUCUGAAGCUAAAAUGUGUGUGUGAUAGACUGCUGGAAGAUGAAACUUUUCAAUGUAUUGAUGGCCUUGAACCAUGGCACAUCUGACAGUAGUGUCUUGAUGCUUGAAGUGAUCUUACUGCCAAUUGCUCAUGCUACCUGUUAGAAAGUUCCCUGUUUGGAGACUGCUUAAUCCUGUCUUAAAAUCUAUUUUAAAAAAAAGCUCCUGGUUGCUAGGAUUGCAGUCCCAUUCAAGACUUUUCCACUGAAGCGUUAGUGAUAUUUUUGAGAUAAAAGUGUCUGUGGUUUCCUGGGCCUUUUUGAAGUUCACCCUUCUUACCAUAGUUCCUUGUGUGCUCCCACCCAUCUUCAAAGCAGCUCAUGAAAGCCACCAGACACUCUAGAGUAUUAUUCAGUAUGGUGUGGAGAGCAGUAGCCAGAAGGGAAAAUUGACUGAUCAUAUAUGCACGGAAGUGCCUUCUGCAUGCAUGUGGGCCUCUUUGGAUCCUGGCUGUUGUCUUUUAGUAUUUCAGCAAGUGAGAACAUUCUGCCAACCACCUAUGGAAUCCCAUAGGAGCUGGGUAUCCUUGUCCAUGUACAUAUCAGAUUUUUUUUUGUUUUGUUCUUGUAUUCUAAGUGCACUUCUAGUAAUUUUAAUAAGAAUUUUAGAACUUCAAAACUGUCUUGUUCUGGCUUUUAAAUGAAGAAAAUAUAAAUAAAACAUAAUUGGUAAAACCUAA